UGGCAUUAGGAAUUCCCUUACUCAGUUCGGUCAAAGCCCAAAAAUUAACCACUUUUUAUCCCACUUUCACCAGUUUACUGGAAGCAAUAGAAAAUAAAGAAAGCGAGAAAAUAAAAGACAUUUUGGGUGAGGAAACCCAAAAAGCCCUUGAAAACUACUUUCGGAAUCCGGAAAAUUUAGAGUUAGUAAAAGAACUAACAAAAAUAAGCAACUAUUCUUAA